AUGGCAUCAAGUUGUUGUGGGGAUUACGUGGCGGCGGCGUCACCGGAGAUGUCGACAGUGAUGGGAUCAGAAUCAAUCGUGUUGAGACUUCUUUGCGUCGUCUUUAUUAUCCUCUUCUACGGUUCUAUUAUUCUCCUCUGUUUCGUAAUGUACCCGAAGCUACCAAAGGAAGAAAUCGGCGAUGAGGAAGCCGGAGAGCCAUUACCUCCCGCCGUGAGACUCACGAAAUGCGGCGGUGGAGACGGCGGAGACGGUGACGGAGUUAAAGCUGACGUGUGUGUGAUUUGUUUGGAGGAUUUUAAAGUAAACGACGUCGUUAGAGUUCUUGUGAGAUGCAAGCACGUGUUUCACGUGGAUUGUAUAGAUUCGUGGUGUUUUUAUAAGCUGACGUGUCCGAUUUGUAGAGCUCCGUUUCAAUGGUUUGGUGGUGAUUGGUAGAGGGAGAAGAGAGCAGGUUUAGGGUUUAAUGUUCGGUACGAUCCGGUUUAAUCCCAAUUUCGAUAUUUUUACUGUCUUUGGGAUUUAGAAAUUUAAGAGGCGAUCUUAAAGAUUUCUCUCCG